ACCAAAAACUUACAGGAAAGGUAAAACAUCAACUUAAGCAAAACGCAGAAAAAAUGAAACCACAGUUCAACAACAAAAAUGUAGGGUUUUUCAGGACGCACAGAAAUGUGACGGCAUAUGCUUACCGUUGCGUUUCUGGUAACAGAGUUAAUAUACAUUAUGAAGAAUUUGUCAAGCCCUUUCUUAUUCUGAGUUUUUUGAAGAUUGCUAGAGCUCUGUAUGUUGAAGUGAUACAGAGUUUAAACUAGAUUUAAUUUCACAAUUUUCUUUUCCAAAUGUCUGGAGAAGAAGCUUUACCUCCUGCAAUGGGGUUUGAAGCAACAGGAGGUGAAAGGCAUUUACCACCUCCACCCCCUAAUCUCCCAGAAGGAUUUGUACCCCAACGGGUACCUCUGCCCGUUCAACAAUCUACUCCUCAAAUACCAGAAGAGCCCCCAAUACCUCGCAUUCUACCUAUGACAAGACCUGGUAAGGGCCGAGCUGGUCGACCGGUAAAGCUUCUGUCUAAUCACUUCGGUGUAGUUUUUUCAAAUCUUAAAGAUUCUUUUCACUACAAUGUUACAAUCAGCAGUGAUCGUGGGCCAAUUACUAACAAGACUCUGUUGAGGAAAAUAAUGGAUAAAGUGAAGGAAGUCUAUGGCAAGACAGUGUUGGAUGGCAAGGAAUUUGCUUAUGAUGGAGAGAAAAGCAUGUAUACUAUUGGAGCUCUUCCUCGAGUUAACACCGAAUGUACUGUUUUUCUUGAGGAGGCAGCCAGUGGUUCUGGGGCUGGUGACAAUCAAAGAAAGAAAAUGAGAAGAGAGGGCAGAGCAGAGAAAUUCAAGGUGGAGAUCAAUUUUGCUGCAAAGAUCUCAAUGAAAUCCCUUGAAGCUGUUUUACGAGGGGAUGUGUCUGACAGAUGCCAGGAUGCACUGAGGGUUUUGGAUAUAAUUCUCAGGCAACAUGCUGCCAGAAAGAGCUAUCUAUUGGUGAGACAAAGUUUUUUUCAUUGGAGUUUUGCUUCAUUAGUGGAUCUGGGAGGUGGUGUUCACGGAUGUAAGGGAUACCAUGUUAGUUUCAGGCCUUCACAGAAGGGCCUGUCUCUGAAUAUGGACGUUUCAACAACCAUGCUUAUUAAGCACGGUCAUCUAAUUGAUUUCUUGUUAGCAAAUCAAAAUGUUGACAGUCCAAGGAAAAUUGAUUGGUUAAAGGCAAGAAGAGUGUUGAAGGGGGUCCGAAUAAAGGCGCUUCACACAAAUAUGGAAUUUAAGGUUUUGGGUUUCAGUGAGAAUAUCUGCAAGGAACAACUAUUUUCUUUGAAAGUGAGAAACCAGAAUAAUCAAGAAACGGAAUCUCCACCUAAAACAAUAGAGGUGACAGUUUGGGAAUACUUCACGAAUACCAAACAAAUGAGUUUAAGACGUUCAGCUAAUUUACCUUGUGUGGAUGUGGGUAGACUGAAACGACCUAGUUAUAUCCCAAUAGAGCUCUGUGAAAUCCUUCCUGGUCAGAGAUACACAAAGGGCCUUACUACGGCUCAACGCUCAUCUGUUGUUGAGCAAUCUCGACAGAAACCAGAAAAUAGAAUGGUUGUGUUGCAAAAGACAAUGGAGGCCAAUGAUUACAAUUCAGAUCCACUUUUGAGAGCAUGCAAUAUUGAUGUGGAUAGGCAGUUGAUGGCCAUAGAUGGCCGCAUUCUUGAGCCACCAGAGCUUAAGUUUGGGCAAGGUGGUGUGGGUGAAGAAUUCCCACAACGGGGGCGUUGGAAUUUCCACAAAAAGACCAUGGUUCGACCAGCAAAUUUUGAAAGCUGGGCUGUAGUUAAUUUCACAAAAUGCAACGUGAAUGAGUGUAAGCGUAUUGCUGAUAACCUUCAGCAGUGCUGUUAUAGAAAAGGAUUGAAGUUUGAUUUGAUCAGCGUCGGCCAAAUUUUUUGUGAGAAUCAAAGGGAUAUGCGUGCUACCCCUGUGGAUAGAGUGGACAGGAUGUUAAAUCAAAUGAAAUCUAAGCUUUCAAAGCAACCCGAUUUUCUGCUGUGUCUUCUACCAGAAAGGAAGACUAGUGAUCUUUAUGGUCCUUGGAAGAAAAAGUUCCUUUCAGAGAUGGGUAUUGUGAAUCAGUGCAUGGUCCCAUCAAAGAAAAUGGAUGACCAGUUUUAUACAAGUGUUGCCCUGAAAAUAAAUGUUAAGUUUGGUGGGCUCAACUCUUUUCUUUCUUUAGAAUAUAAUUCUUCUAUACCAGGCAUAUCGUCACAGCCUACAAUCAUUAUUGGUAUGGAUGUUUCACAUGGUUCUCCAGGACAUGGUGAUACACCUUCAAUCGCAGCUGUUGUUUCUUCUAGAGAAUGGCCUAUGAUUUCAAGUUACAGAGCCUCGGUAAGGACCCAAUCUCGAAAGGUUGAGAUGAUUGAAGCUCUAUACAAACCAAAGCCUUUAGAACAAGAUGGCAAAAUGAUGGAUGUUGGCAUGAUCAAUGAGUUGCUGUUAGAUUUUUAUAGUACAUGCAAAUCAUCACAUCUGGGACAGAAGCCACAACAAAUGGUAAUUUUCAGAGAUGGAGUUAGUGAUUCACAAUUUGAUCAGGUCUUGAACGUUGAGUUACAAGCUAUACUAAAGGCAUGCAAUCAUAUUGAGAAUGGUUAUAGACCUAAAGUUACAUUGAUAAUUGCCCAAAAGAAUCAUCAUACUAAGCUUUUUCAGGCAAAUGCAUCUGGCAAUGUUCAACCAGGAACCGUCGUGGAUACACAAAUAUGUCAUCCAAGAAAUUUUGAUUUCUUUAUGUGCCCACAAAAUGGAUCAAUUGGAGUUUCCAGGCCUACACAUUACCAUGUAUUACUUGAUGAAAACAAUUUUGGCGUAGACAAUAUCCAAUUUCUUGUUCAUGCAUUGUCAUAUGUGAAUCAAAGAAGCACUACAGCAAUGUCUACAGUGGCUCCGAUAAACUAUGCCCAUCUGGCUGCCGCACAAAUGCAACAGUUCUUAAAGGCUGAGGACCUUUCGGAAUCUGCGUCUUGGUCUCGAAGAGGGGAAGGUUUGGUUGCAUCAGGAAGGGAGAACAUUCCAGAGCUCCCAAAGUUGCAUAAAGAUGUUUGUACUUCGAUGUUUUUUUGCUGAGUCCUGAGCUAAAUUGAUCCUUGGGUACUUUUAAAGUAUUUUCAGAUAAAUCCAUUCUUGUACUAACCAAGAAAAUAGUUUUGACUUAAGAAGUAGCAACAGUUUCUUUCGGUGAUUUGCUAGGGCUGUAGUCACGUUAACUGUCAAAUCGGUUUUGCCAUUCAUAUGUAACUGGUGUUUUAUGUAAAACUUAAUGUGAGACAUCUAAAAGUUGGAAGUGGUAGUUCUCUGGAGUAAGAUUUUUUACUUUAAAAACUUGUAGUCUGGGUUGAAUGUACGCGGUGCUGGCAUGUGUGUUUAGUUUCAUAUGCUGAUUAAGGUGUUAUAUGAAAUUGGUGACACUUUUGGUCA